CACUGCACACUCUCUUUUAAACCGCCAAGCAGCCACUGGUUUCAUUCACAACUAGCAAACAACUCGUCAGUUUCAGUACGUUUCUUUCUCCUCCUCUAGCGAUUCUCGCAUGGCGUCUCCGAUGAGGUCUUUUGGCAGAAACAAUCCUAGCGAGAGAGAGAAUUUAAAUCCGCAGCAACGUCCUCUUGCUGUGACACCUCUUAACAGCAUGCCAUACAUUGGACCACCUUCCCCACCUGGAAAUCCUUCUUCUUCGUCCUUGCCUACCCAAGCGGAGGAUGAUGCUGCAGAUGGAAGCGGGCCAACUGUGAUAUUUCUGCCUUCCAACGCACCUCAAGAGGAGGUGGAAAAUCUUGCAGCUCAAACACAAACUGGAGUUGUGCUGACUGGUAGUGCAGCUACAGGGAUGAUUGGACCAUCAGUUGGAGCAGUGAACAUUGGAGAAAAUGAGGAUUCGUACUAUUUUCGAGUUAACCUCCCUGGAGUAUCAACUGAUGAAAAGGAUUUCAGCUUUACUAUUGACCCUGAUGGGACAGUAUUUAUCAAGGGAAUAACAACAACUGGGGAGAAAACAGUCUGCAAGCACUCCCAAGUCUUCAGGAUGCUGUCUCAAAAUUUAUGCCCACCAGGUCACUUCACCGUUACGAUUCAGCUACCUGGUCCUGUCAACAAUCAAGAAUUCAAGGGUCAUUUCGGAACUGGGAUUCUUGAAGGUGUAGUGAAGAAAAGGUUGGCAUAGUGUCCAACUUAAUUAGCAAGCUUUAUACUUGUUGUCAAAUGAAGGUCACUAGGGGCUUCUAUUCUAGUUGUGUGCCAUCUGCUUUCUCUUGGACAUUUGGAGUUGACUAACUAAUAAGGUCUUAAACAUAACUAUAGGCUUUUCUACAUUAACAAUGAAAAAACGACCCAAAUUCAAGAAUACUGUGCACUAUCUGCUCUCUCUUAUGAUUUUGAAGUCCGCUUAUUUUCCAUAGAUACUAGGAAAAGCUGAUAUUUAGAAAAGUCAACUCCUACUGGUUAAAGAGAAAGAUGUUGAGGCGUGACGCACUGGUACAAGUCCUACUGAUCUUUGCUUUGUCAAGAGAUAAAUGCUUGCUAAUUGGUCACUGUAAAAAUUGGGUAUAGACAUGGUUGCCUUGAUAGGGUUGUGGUAUAGCUUCUAGAAUAGCGAAAAGUGCUCUCAAAUAAAUGUUUUCUGUUGUGUUUGUUGUAAAACUUGGUCCAGUCAGAACUCUUUUGUUGGAAGUUUCAAACUAUUAUCAUAAUAAUCUAUUUGAAA